UUUUGGAAGAAUGUUGGAGUGUUUUCGAUUAAUACUAAAACUAAUACAUACUUAUAUUAUAUAUUUAUAAAUUAAUGUUUGUCACUUACUUAUUCUACUCACACUCGAAUUCUUUCAGUCGUCCUAUCUAAAUUAUAAUACUUUCUUUUUUUCAAAAUAGUUGAUGUUUUGGUUAAAUGCACAAAAAUUAAGAUAUUCACAUUUUAUCUAAAAAGUAACAUUACAAAUAUAAAGUAAAAUUAAUUUAACCAAUCAUCACAAAGACUAUAAAACAUCAUUAGUUACAUAGUUUUCAAUAAUACUAAAAUUAAUAUAAAUUAUCAAAAUAUUAUAUAUUUUGAAACAUCAAAAACUCUCCAAAACAUCAUUUAUUUUAAAACGAAGAGAGUAUUAUUUAGUCGUUAAUGUUGGCCCAUUUAGUCAAACCUUCUCGCCCUUUAUAUUAUUAACAGAUCUUAGAUGUUUAAUUACUUAAUUGAUCAACACUGGUGUGUAUGUAACUAUGCACUAAAGUUUUCAUCAAAUAAAUAUACCAAAUUCCCUUUUUCAUAUCAUAUUAUAUAUGAACACAAUUCGAUUCCUCAGAACUUGGUUGAAGUAGUUCAUAUAUGAACUCUACAUUUAUGAUAAUACAUGAAUGAAGUAGUUCCUACUUGAAAAAAGAGAGCACCAUCUCUUUCACUUUGUCAAAAUAUCAAUGAUUUUUUGCUAAAACAUAUAUACUUGUAUAUCAAAAGCAUUACCAUGUUACUUUAGUUAAUUCAUAGAACAAUAGCAUACAUAAAUCCCCACAUUCGUUUAGUAAAAGCUAUAAAUUAUCUAUAGACUAUAGUUGUUUUUUACAUAUUGCAGUCUAAUCAAAAUAUUUCUAAAGUUCAUGACAUAAAUUGAAUAUUUUCGGUAGUCUUUAUGUAUACACAAAAUUAAGUGAAAACUAUGGUUAAAUUUUUUAGUAUUUUUAUGUAGAACACACAGUACAUAAGUAAGCAGGAUUGCCAGAAAGAGAGAAUCAGAUAGAAACUUAUGAGUUAAGCAAUUAGACACACUCCCUCUCCUCCACCUUCCCUAAAACCCUAAGCAAAUGCGCAUAAAAUAAAUAAAACAAAAAGAGAAUUAACAAUAACACUGUGGACACAUUCAAAUCUUAUUUUAUUCAACAAUAUUAUUUAAUAUAAUAUUCAAAAGAUAUCCUUUUUUUUGUCACUAUUUCAAAAGAUAUCCAUAUGUAUGAGUGGAUAUGUUUAUAUAUAAAUAAAGGUUCUUCCUUUAUCUUUGUCACUCUCUUUCUCUAAGCUCUCCUCUCCUCUUCUUUUCUCUCUCUAAAGCUCCUCCCUUUGCUUUUUUUUUUUUGACGUAAUUCUCCACUUCUUCAUAUAAGCCUUCACCAAACAAAACCACCUUUAGUUCCUUUAUUUGCUCUAAAACAAAACAAAAAACAAAACUAAAGAGGGAAGAGAUCAUCAAAGAAGAAAGAUAAAAAAAUGGUGUUUUCUUCAUUUCCUACUUAUCCUGAUUCAUCAAACUGGCAACAACAUCAACCAAUCACAUCCACCGUUGGAUUCACGGGAGACAACAACAUCAGCCAGCAGUUCCUCCCUCACCAUCCCCUCCCAUCGCAACCGCAACAAACGCCUCCACCGCUUCACCACAACGGUGGAGGCGGUGGUGGUCCCGGAGGACCUGGAGGAUCAAUAAGGCCAGGUUCGAUGGCGGAAAGGGCAAGAAUAGCCAACAUACCAAUGCCUGAAACAGCCUUGAAAUGUCCAAGAUGUGACUCAACCAACACCAAAUUCUGCUACUUCAACAACUACAGUCUCACCCAACCUCGCCACUUCUGCAAAGCAUGCCGCCGUUACUGGACACGUGGCGGCGCUCUAAGGAGCGUUCCUGUUGGUGGUGGUUGCCGCAGAAACAAAAGAACCAAAAACAGCAGCGGUGGCGGUGGCGGUGGUAGCAGCAGUAGCGGUAACAGUAAGUCACAAGACAGCAACACAAGCAGCGACCAAUACCACCACCGAGCCAUGGCUAAUAAUCAGAUGGGACCACCACCUUCCUCGACUUCUCUGAGCUCGUUGCUAUCUUCUUACAACGCCGGAUUGAUCCCCGGACAUGAUCAUAACAACCACGUACUUGGAAUUGGAUCAUCUUUGCCUCCUCUCAAGCUCAUGCCUCCUUUAGACUUCACUGACAACUUCACCUUACAGUACGGUACAGUUUCAGCUCCUUCUAAUCAUGUAGGCGGUGGAAGCGGAGGAGGAGGAGCGGCGGCUCUUUUGACUGGUUUUGACCAGUGGAGAUUCCCGGCACCUCAUCACCAACUUCCUUUGCUGGGUGGUUUAGACAGCUCAUCAUCAUCUUCCGGGUUAUAUCAGUUUGAUCAUCAAAAUCAAACUGGCAUGGAUCCGGGUUACGGAUUAGUCACUGGCUCGGGUCAGUAUCGACCUAAGAACAUCUUUCAUAACCUUGUUUCCUCUUCUGUAUCAUCAGCUAUGGUCACGGCCACUGCGUCGCAAUCAGCUUCAGUGAAAAUGGAAGAUAGUAACAAUCAACUCAACAUGUCUAGACAACUUUUUGGAAACGAACAACAGCUUUGGAAUAUUCAUGGAACUGCCGCAUCAACCGCAGCGGCAACAACUAGUUCGUGGAGUGAUGUCUCUAAUAACUUCAGCUCUUCUUCUACUAGCAAUAUAUAAUCAGCUGGCACUCUAAGGAUCAAAUCUAUGUGAUGACGAGACUUUUAGUAUUUUUUUACUGGGUGUGCUAUGAUCUUAUGUACUUAGUUGGAAGUUAGUACAUCGAUCGAUCCCGUAGGUCUUUUAAUAUUACAUUACAACUACUAGUUUUGGGUUUUGUUUUGAUAUUUGGAUUCUCUUGGUUGUUUUUUUUUCAGAUUUAGAUUAGGGUUUUUGUUACAAGGUUUCAUUUUAAGUAUGGGGAUAUGAGAUCAUACAUGCGAGUAGUACGGUGUUUGUAUGAGUUAAGUAUGUUCUAUCAAAUAUAUUUUACUAUUUUAAUUUUUUAAUA